GUCGAUGCAAGCUCAUUGAUACUCAAAGUGAUGUUGUGUGCUUUUGGUAUGAGCUCUUGAUUUCAUUAUUGUUUAGACAAGUUAGAUUUUGAGGUUGUUAGGGCCACCAAACCAUCAGUACUGCUGAAAAGUCAGCUCUCGUUAGAAUAAAAAAAUAUAUCUCAGAUAGUAGUAGCAUGCAUCCCCUGCAGGUUUUGAUACAGAAAACUUUAUAUUUUAUUCAUUUGCCCGAGCAAAUAGAGAACAUGGAAAUCACUACUUGUAUGCGCUAGUUAUGCUGCCCACGUCCUAACUUUCUCCAUGUCUCUUCUUCCUCUUUUAAGCACUUGAAUCUCAGGCCCCGUCCCUGCAGUCUAUGCCCUUUUAACUCCAUGGCACCUCCAGCAUCAGCGGUUGUGCUUCCUGUAGUGAGCAAAAUUACCCGAGAACCAGAUGAAUUCGUCGAUGAUCUUCAUGAGUUGAACUUCUUGGCCUUUGGUGAUGAGCCUGAUACCCUGGUCAAGAAGGAGAGUCCCCAGAAUGAGAAGCAGAUAUCAGUGGAUCCUAUAUCGUUGUCUCUGAGGGAACCAAGCUUUAACUUCAUGUUGCCUCCUGUUCUUACAUCUCCUAGAGACACAACUGUGCCUCUUCCAGCAGUUCCACCAGUUCUACCUCCUGCAAAAACCAAGUUCAUAAGCUGCAGCCUCCCGAGCUCUGCGACAUCAUCUCCUCGAUUUGGCUCUAUUCUGUCAAUGAAGAAAUGGAAGAUUAAUGAAAAUCAACCUUCUCCCAAACAAGUUGAUAAUCUGGUCCGGCAGCGAUCCUUGGCACAUUCACGUCUCUCGUUGGUAAAGGAUGCCAUGCUAGUAAAGAGCAAGUCUUGCGGCGAAGGAAGAGCCUCUGCACCAUCAGAUGAGCUUGAACUUUGCUUCAGCAAACCUAAAGCUCCUGAAUACAACAAAAUUUCUCAUACCAACUUCUCCAAAGCUGAGACUAACAGAGAUGUUUACAAGAAUGUUAACAAUGUUGAUCCUUGCGAUGAGAACUUCAAAUGCGGCGCCCUUUGCAUGUUCCUCCCUGGCUUUGGUAAAGCAAAGCCAGAGAGAGCAAGAAAGGAAGAGGCUAUGGAGAAUGUGAUUUCCAGGACAGUUUCUUUAGAGAAGUUUGAAUGUGGAUCCUGGGCAUCAUCUGCCAUAGUUCAUGAUCACGAUGAAGAUGGAGACUCGAUGAAUCAUCUAUACUUCGACUUGCCACUGGAGUUGAUAAGAAACAAUUCGAAUGAUGCUCAUUGUCCAAUCAAUGCAGCCUUCGUCUUCGACAAGGACUUAAAGGGUGUGCUAAAAAAUGGUUCAACUUCAGGAAGAACAAGUGCCCGAAAAUCCCACGAAUCCUCCCGCCAUGUUCGGUUUUCUGUAUCAUCACCUACCCCAUCAUACUCUUCGUCUCCAGCUUCAUGCAUUACCCCUCGGCUGCGCAAGGCUAGGGAGGACUUCAAUGCAUUCUUGGAAGCUCAAAGUGCUUGAGAAUGAGAGUCUCACUUGUUUUUUGGUAUUUAUAUAUCCACUAGGUAUAGCACUAGUGCCAUAUAUUUGAGCAACUAUAUGUGCAACAUGGAAGUUGAUCUUUUAUGUUUUUGUAGUUGAUUUUUGAACCUUUGAGUAAUGAGACAUAACUUUGUGGGAAAUAUUGAUUAUGAUAUGGACAAUC